AUGGAUACUGGGGGUGCGGUCCAAGAGCUCUGUGAAGAACUCACCUGUCCCAUCUGCCUGGAGUAUUUCAGGGACCCAGUGAGCAUCACUGAGUGCGGCCACAAUUUCUGCCAAGUCUGCCUGACCCAGAGCUGGGGGGACUUGGGGGCAGAAGCUUCCUGCCCUCUGUGCAGAGAAAGAGUUCAGCAAAGGAACCUGCAGCCAAAUCAGCAACUGGCAAAUGUUGUGGAAAUGUUUAAGAAAAUCAGUCUUCAAAGAGGAAAUGGAGAAGAAGCAAAGGAGAGGGUCUGCAAGAAACACCAGGAGCGUCUCAGCCUUUUCUGCCAAAAUGACGAGAUCCUCAUCUGCAUAGUCUGCAAGAGGCAGAAGGAGCACAAAGAUCACAAGGUGAUUCUUGACCACGAAGCUUCCUGGCAAUACAAGGAUAAAAUUUGUAGCUGCCUGGAAAUUCUGACGAUGAAGAGAGAAAGAAUCCUGGUAUGCAAAGCAAACAUAGAAAGGGAAAGCCGAGAGCUGCUUGAGCAAACAGAAACAGUGAGGAAAGAGAUUGUGGCUGAGUUCAGACAAUCACACCAGUCCCCGGGGGAACGAGAGAAACUUUUGCUGGCCCAGGCAGAACAGGUAGAAGAAGAGAUCGCAAGAAAAAGGGAUGAACACCUGUCUAGGCUCUCUGUAGAACUCGCCUCUUUACAAAAUAUCAUCCAAGAGAUGGAGAAGAAGAUUCACCAGCCAGCAACUGAACUCCUACAGCAGGAUGUCAGAAGCACCUUGCAGAGGUGUGAGGAGAAGAAGACGUUUGAGGAUCCAGUGGCUUUUCCUCCUGCAUUAAAGCAGAAAAUCUGGAACAUCUGUGACCUCAAAGUUUUACUGAAAGGUGUCACAAAGCAGUUCAGAGGUAAUGAAGAUGAGACACUUGCUGCCACCAUCAUAUCCAAGCUCCACUGCCUUGACCUGGGGGAUGACUACACCUCUAGCAAGAAGUUCAUUGCCUCCAAUGGGAAGGAUCAGGAUCAUAGAUGGGAUCAUGAUGACUGCUCCAAAGAGAAACACCGAUAUUGUGAGAAGGAACGAGAUAAGGAAAAGGAUUUACGCCCUUCAACUAAUUUGGCACUCAUUACUGGUGUUGGGUUGCCUUCUUUAAAGCCAACUGUAUUUUCACAGGGUAUAAACCCGUUUACAAACCUACCACACACACCUCGCUAUUAUGAGAUCUUAAAGAAACGGCUUCAGCUCCCUGUCUGGGAGUAUAAGGAAAGGUUUACCGAUAUCUUGAUCAAGCACCAGUCUUUUGUACUUGUUGGUGAGACGGGUUCUGGUAAAACAACACAGAUCCCUCAGUGGUGUGUUGACUAUAUGCGAUUAGUGCCAGGACCGAAGAGAGCUGUGGCAUGUACCCAGCCCAGGAGAGUUGCCGCAAUGAGUGUGGCGCAGCGUGUUGCUGAUGAAAUGGAUGUGAUAUUGGGUGAGGAAGUGGGUUACUCCAUUCGAUUUGAAAACUUCAGUACAGCAAAAACUAUUCUCAAGUACAUGACUGAUGGUAUGUUACUGCGUGAAGCUAUGAAUGACCCUUUGCUGGAACGCUAUGGUGUAAUAAUUCUUGACGAAGCUCAUGAAAGAACUUUGGCUACUGAUAUUCUGAUGGGAGUUUUGAAAGAGGUUGUAAGGCAAAGGCCUGACUUAAAGGUUAUAGUUAUGAGUGCUACUCUAGAUGCCAGGAAGUUUCAAAUUUAUUUUGAUAACUGUCCUCUCCUCACUGUCCCUGGUCGUACGCAUCCCGUGGAGAUCAUUUAUACUCCAAAACCAGAGAGAAAUUACCUUGAGGCAGCUAUUCGUACAGUAAUCCAGAUUCACAUAUGUGAAGAAGAGGAAGGAGAUAUUCUUCUCUUCCUUACUGGCCAAGGGGAAAUAGAUGAAGCCUGUAAGAGAAUAAAGUGUAAAAUUGAUGGUCUGGGCCCUGAAGUUGGUGACCUUAAAAUCAUUCCAUUAUAUUCGACACUUCCACCACAGCAGCAGCAGAGGAUUUUUGAGCCGCCCCCUCCGAAAAAACCAAAUGGUGCAAUAGGACGAAAAGUGGUUGUGUCUACUAAUAUUGCUGAGACCUCAUUAACAAUAGAUGGCGUGGUGUUUGUUAUUGAUUCUGGACUGGCUAAGCAAAAGGUGUACAAUCCUCGUAUAAAAGUGGAAUCUCUCCUGGUGACUGCAAUAAGCAAAUCUUCUGCUCAGCAGAGGGCUGGCCGUGCAGGUCGAACUAGGCCAGGAAAAUGUUUUCGACUGUAUACAGAAAAGACCUACAACACUGAAAUGCAGAACAUCACCUAUCCAGAGAUUCUGAGAUCUAAUUUGGGCUCUGUGGUAUUGCAGCUGAAGAAAUUUGGUGUAGAUGAUUUGGUUCACUUUGAUUUUAUGGAUCCACCAGCUCCAGAAACCUUGCUGAGAGCCCUAGAGCUUUUGAAUGACCUGGAUGCUUUGAAUGAAGAUGGAGACUUGACUGAAUUGGGAUCCAUGAUGGCAGAAUUUCCCCUCAAUCCACAGCUGGCUAAAAUAGUUAUUGCAAGUUGCAACUACAACUGUUCUAAUGAGAUUCUAUCUAUUGCAGCCAUGUUGUCAGUCCCACCGUGUUUUGUUCGCCCCACGGAAACCAAGAAAGCAGCAGACGAGGCCAAGAUGAAGUUCGCCCACACAGAUGGAGAUCAUUUGACUUUGCUGAAUGUCUACCAUGCUUUCAAACAAAAUCAUGAAUCGGAUCAGUGGUGUUGCGACAACUUCAUUAACUACAGGUCCCUGAUGUUUGCAGACGAUGUACGCCAGCAGCUGUCACAAAUCAUGGACAGACUGAAUUUGCCACAUCGAAGCACAGACUUCACAAGCAGAGACUAUUACAUCAAUAUAAGAAAAGCAUUGGUUAGUGGUUACUUUAUGCAAGUGGCACAUUUAGAACGGACAGGACACUAUCUAACAGUGAAAGAAAACCAGGUAGUACAGUUGCAUCCUUCCACAGUUCUUGGUCACCAACCUGAAUGGGUGCUUUACAAUGAAUUCAUUCUUACCACAAAGAACUACAUUUUCACUUGUUCAGCCAUCAAGCCAGAAUGGUUGGUGAAAAUUGCCCCUCAAUAUUAUGACAUGAGCAGUUUCCCACAGUGUGAAGCAAAGAGACAACUGGACCUCAUCAUUGCUAUCAUUGAUGCCAAAAAUGAUGAUGAUGAUUCUGAUUUAUAUCAAGCCCUAUACUCUGAAUCUCAGACUGUGCAACUGAUGAUUCCGUACAAUUGCUGUCUGGAGGGGGACAGGCAGGCAGGCAUGGCAUCUGGGGGUCCCGUGAAGGAGCUCUGCCACGAAACCACUUGCCCCAUCUGCCUGGAGCAUUUCAGGGACCCAGUGACCAUCACCGAGUGCGGCCACAACUUCUGCCGAGCCUGCCUGACCCGCAGCUGGGGGGAGGCAGCGGCGGAGGCUUCCUGCCCGGUGUGUAGAGGAAAAGCUCAGCCAGGGAACCUCCGGCCGAAUCAGCAACUGGCAAAUGUCGUGGAAAUAGUGAAGAAAAUCCGUCUUCAGGUCGGGAAGGGGGGAGAAGCGAAGCAGGCGGUUUGCCAGAAACACCAAGAGCGCCUGAACCUUUUCUGCCAAAACGAUGAGAUUCUCCUCUGCGUGGUCUGCGAUAGAUCCAAGGAACACAAAGAUCACGAGGUGAUUCCUGCUGAGGAGGCUUCCGGAGAAUAUAAGGUAGGAAAUCUGUGUGGGUCCUAG